UUUUUGUGUAUACAAUAUGCUGCGAUAAGAAAGAUUCCGUUUAAAAAUCGGAUAAAAUGGAUUGAUUGUUAUGCCAAAUAUUUCGUGAUGCUUCCUGCUUUGCUGACGUUGUUGUUACUGCUUCCAAACGCAGUUCUUACGAAAGGACAAAGUACUGAUCCAAGGGAGAUUUCUUUCGAAGAUCUGCUGUUAAAUGGCAAUUAUUUUACGGAAUCUGGUGUUACAAAUUACACCCAGAUGUUGAUCGACAUAUCGAGAAAUCAAAUCGUGGUUGGUGCAAGGGACAGCUUAUUCAGAUUGAGCCUUGAGAGGCUGGACAAACUGGAAAAAGCUUCAUGGUUAGCUUCAGCAGAAAAAGUCGCUCUUUGUAACGAUAAAGGGCAAACAGAGGACCACUGUCACAAUUACAUAAAAGUUCUCUUGACAAAUGGGAGAAGACUAUUCACCUGCGGCACUGGUGCAUUUUCUCCACAAUGUUCGUGGAGGGAGAUGGAGGAAGUGAAUAGGGUCACAUCAUGGGUCCGAGGGAUUGCCAAAUGUCCUUACAACCCUCGUGCCAAUGUCACAUCACUUCUUUCACUUCCGACUGGGCAGUUUUUUGCAGGAACACCUGUAGAUUUUUCUGGUGCCGAUCCAGCUAUUGUCAUGGAUCCUAUGGACACUGGAUACAGGCUUGAUCCAUCAAAUUCAAGAAUGUUGUAUUUAAGAACAAAUCAAUACAAUUCAAAUUGGCUGAACGAACCACAAUUUGUAGCGACAUUUGAAACUGACGCAUUUGUUUAUUUUCUAUUCAGAGAAAGUGCAGUUGAGUACAUCAAUUGUGGAAAAAUUAUCUAUUCGAGAAUAGCCAGAGUCUGUAAAAAUGAUACAGGCGGUCAAGUUAUGCUUAGAGACAAUUGGACCACAUUCGUGAAGGCUAGACUCAACUGUUCACUUCCUGGAGAAUACCCAUUUUACUAUGAUAAUAUUCAGGGAGCUACAUACUUAAGAGACAGAGGCCUAUUGUAUGCUACCUUUACCACACCAGACAACAGCAUUCCAGGAUCAGCUAUUUGUUUGUUCAAUACAAGUGCUAUUGAAGAGGCAUUUGAUGGUCCUUUUAAAUACCAAGCAAGUGCAGGUUCAGCUUGGGAGAGGAAAAAUGUGCCAAAUCAUCAUAGCACAUGUACAGGUAACCAAACCGGUUUAGAUUCUACAAGAUACCAGCUUAUGGAUUUGGCAGUUCAACCAAUGUCGACAGAGCCUCUAUACCAUAGCGAACUAGAAACUUUGACACACAUAGUAGUCGAUACAAUAUCAACAAAAAUUAACAACAAAGUCGAUGUAUUGUAUGUAGCAACUAAUGAAGGGGUCAUAAAGAAAAUCUCAGUACUCCCAAGAACUUUGAAAACUUGUGUUUUAGAAAUAUGGAAACCAUUACCUCCAAAUUCACUUUCAAAGAAAAUCCAUGCGUUACAACUAAGCCUAGAUUCUCUGUAUGUAAGUACUGAUGAAGGUGUUAUGAGGAUUUGGAAAGAACACUGUAGAAGAUACAAAAAUAGAUUGGCUUGCCUUGCAUCAAUGGACCCUCAUUGCGGUUGGCAUGAACACAAAGAACUUUGUAUGUUAGCUCCGGAUAACAAUCCUCUCUCUCGAGCAUGGCAUCAAGAUGCUAAUCAGUGUCCGACAUUAGUACAUCCAGUUGAUGGAGGUUGGACUGCGUGGUCUUCAUUUUCUCCGUGUGAACAUUCCAAUGGGGAUACGUGUCUAUGUUCUACAAGGACAUGUGGUAACCCUUCACCUUCUAAUGGUGGCAAACCUUGCAAUGGGUUUUCUAUCAAAGUAACCAACUGCACAGUUCAUGGUGGUUGGACGGCAUGGUCUGUUUGGUCGGCUUGCUCUCAGACUUGUGGUAUGGCAGUAAAAACUAGGAGAAGAUCGUGUGGUAAUCCAGCUCCUCAGCAUGGUGGGAGAGUGUGCAUAGGCCAAGAUCGAUCAGAAAUGUACUGCCAUUCUAAUCCACCCUGCCCUACUGCAUCAACCCCAGUUCUUGAUGGUGGCUGGUCAUCCUGGGGUCCGUGGGGAGAGUGUUCUGCAAAAUGUGGAGGAGGGUAUAGAUUUAGGUACAGAACAUGUUCAAAUCCACCGCCACAACUGCCUGGAGGGCUUGACUGUCAAGGAUGCCAUAUAGAUUAUCAGGAAUGUAAUUCAAGUCCUUGCUUCGAUAGUAGACGUCUUUCAUCAUGGACACAAUGGAUUCCACUAAGUAAUGGGACAGAAAGAAGAUUCCGAUUUUCCUGCAAAGCUCCAGUACCAGAUUCAUCAUUGAUAAAAGUGGGAUUAUUUAAAACUGAUGAUAGAUAUUGCUCUCGUGACGGGAUAUGCACAAAAUCGGAAAGAUUAGACGUGGAUGAAGUAUGGUCAGAAUGGUCCGCUUGGUCUCCUUGUUCCGCAGGUUGUGGUACCGGGCAGCAAUCAAGGGUGAGAACGUGUGAAGGACCCCAUGGGGAAUGCACUGGACCUACUCAAAUUACUAAACUAUGUAAUCUACAGCCAUGUAAAGGUGAAUGGAGUUGCUGGAGUGAAUGGUCACCUUGUACAUCAAGCUGUGGAUUAGGUACAAGACAACGGACUCGUGUAUGCAUUGGAGAAGAUAAAAAUAGCUGUGAUGGUAAAUCUGUAGCCCAUCAAGACUGCAAUGUGUCACCUUGCUUAACUUCUGAAGGUUGGUAUGAAUGGAGUAUUUGGUCAGAAUGUGAUUCAUCUGGCCAUCAGACAAGAACACGAACGUGUUCCACAACCAGUCCUGGAUGUAUAGGGCCUGAUAUUGAUUCCCGACUUUGUGUUGAUGCCAUAACUUCAGAAGCGAGUGGUUUGGGGAUUGGCACUGCUAUCGGAUGUUUAUUGGUAGGGUUGUUGUUGGGAUUUAUAUCAUUCCUCAUCUUUAAGAAGUUUCUUGAACGAAGAUCAACUAAUCGACUUCCAUCAUCACCUCACUAUAUAUCCUCAAAACAGAAUCCUUAUGUGACCGUACCCCUAAAAGAAACCCCUCGCACAUCGCCCAAAAGAGCUCCUUCAUUUAAUAGACAAAACUCAAAUGGUUCUUCAAGACUGUUUAAAGGCACGAUGGGAGGCAAUGGUUUGCCAGUCGAAUAUGAGACUGCUACUAUUAAAAGGAACUCACAUUCACUUGUUAACGGUAACCUCAGGACAGACCUUACUGAACAGGAUAAAUUCUUUUAACAAACUGUGUGAUAACAUGUAAAGUAUGAGGAUGUUUGUUGCCUACUCAAGUAAUAGGCGGUAAUAGGCAAAUGUGCCUAAUGAAUUGUUUGUUGUAAUAGACUUAUAAGGUUAAUUAUAUCUUUAUUAUUGACAAAAUAAACAACCGUAGGGAAAUUACUUCCAAUAAUAAA